AGCUCGUCAUCAUAUUCUCGAGUUGGAAACCUCUCGUCAGGGUGCCAAGGAGAUGUCUUUGUCUUCUGUUUCCUCUCACGUCAACGCCGUCCGUUCCAAGUCGAAUUAUCGACUUCAGAUGGGAAAACUCAUCGCGAAGUCUGUCGCAUAAAACUCUUUGUGCACGUUUUGCGGCCUUCCAAUCCAUCCAAUUGAGAUGUGUCCUGCCAAGAGUAGUCGGUGCCGAUCUUGCCACCACAGAGGACAUUGGGACAAAGUAUGCCGAUCCAGACCUCCUACCAGGGUCUCUCCGCCGUCAAAGUCGCGAGUCGGCUCCAUGAAACUACGGGCUGCUUUCUCACCGUCGCCAUGUCCCACUACCAGUCGAGUCAACGUUCGGGUCUCACCAAUAGGAUCUAAAGGCAGGCCAAUUCAAGUUAGAUUUUGUGCUGAUACCGGUGCUUAUAUUUCAGUCAUGGCUUCCUCAAUAUUUCAUCAAUCCGGCUUGAACGAUAUUACUACACUGACAAAAUUGGCUGAACCUGUUGUCAGCAUUGACGGGAAAGUAAUCCGGCAACUGGGGAUGUUUUAUGCCACAUUGGAUCUUAAUGGUAUGGUUGCCCAUAACGUUCCUAUUGUAGUUUGCCCGGAGUUACACGACGCUUUCCUUGGCUUGAAUGCUUGCAAGGCCCUCACCAUCAUUGAUGAUAAUUUUCCGCUUCCCAAGGAAAUCGAAUCAGUCAGUGACAAUUCGGCUAAUCGGCUGAUCGCUGUAGUCAAAGUUGGAUCUCAGGAUUCAGUGCUUCAACCUCGGACCAUUAUUCCUAUUGGUUCAAAGGUCCGUGUUCAUUGCCCAGCAUCACAAGGUUGGCCCUCUCACAGGGCGACCGUUCUCAAAAGUUUUGAACGUCGCUACCUUCUUCUUUUUGACAAUGGUUUGAAGUCGUGGAGGAAUAGGCGCGUCCUGCGGGUGUUAUUGAUGAAGCAUACCAACACGCUCCCGAAAAGCCGAGAAGAAGUCUCAAAAACCCAGAAUGGAUGACAGCAUCACUGAAAAUGUUAUUCCACCAAAAGAAGCGUCUGUACAACACUAAAAGGAUUUUUCCCGCUAAUAGCAAAUCAAAUGACUUUAAGUCUCUUCAAGUUAAAGUGAAGCAAGAAAUUAGACUACAAAAGCUCAAAUACGAAUCCAAUCUUGCACGUAACUCGAAAAACAACCCCAAAAAGUGUUAUCGCUACCUAGGGACAAAGUAGGUGAGUAAAACGAUUGGUCCCCUCGUAAACCUAGGAGGACAGCCCGUCGAUGAUGACCAAGAGAAAGCCAACCUUCUCAAUGACUACUUUGCUUCGGUUUAUAAAACCAACUCAAACAACCCUCGUGAAAUAUUUGA